CUUUGCAUUAUUAAUUUCAUUAUUAAUGUCAGCUCGUGAAUAGUUUAUGUAUAGUCUGCUAAAGUGUUCGCAUAGCUACGCGUCAUCAUUUGCAAUAAAGUUGCUAUCAUUUGGCUUUUUGGCGCGUAACUUUUAAGCAAAUGCAUACAUACAUCAACAUAAAUUGCAUUGAUUACUGAUACCACUGCACAGUAUCCAGUCAACACUUGUGUCUAUCACACGCACUUGAUUAACAUAAACUGCAUAAAAUACGCAUAACUGUAGUUUAUGUAUACUAACUCAACUCUGACGUGUACAGAAAAUUGAAAAAAAAAAUCAACAAGUGCGUCUAUAAAUUGAUUUGGCUUUGAUAACGUGUCAUAUCAGCAGUAAACAAGAUGAGUGCACCGAAACCAACAUUCAAGGACAUCUCUAUCUGCUUCAACGAGGAAAUUUUAGAUGAAAUAAUAAGAGAGGCUGGUGGUAGCAAGCAUACUUCCUACAAGUUUGGCGAGGGUGGAAAAAAGGGGGACUCAUACCUGAGCAGAGUUUUUCGUCUGUGUGUGUAUGGCAUAAAAGAGCCCGAGGGUAGGGAAAUGGAGGUCAAUAUCAUUGUCAAAGGGAUGCCAGACAAUAUACAUCGACGGCGUCUAUUCCGUUCCGCUGACUUCUUUCGCAACGAGAUUAACUUUUAUACUAAAGUUAUACCAGCCAUUGAAGCUUUCCAGGACGGGCGGGAGGACCAGCCCGAUGAGCCAUUCGUGGAGUUUCCCAAGUGCUAUGCAUCGUUGUGCGAUGGCGAAAAUGAUUUCAUUGCUCUCGAGGAUGUGGGCCCUCGCGGCUAUCGUGCUCCCAAUCGCAUGAAAUGUAUUAGCUUGGAGGAUGCAAUGUUGACCAUGGCAACGUUGGGACGCUACCAUGGCGUUGCUCUGGCCUUCAAAGCUUUGGAUCCUGAUAACUUUGAGAAGGCAGCUAAUGAAUUGGAGGAGACCUACUAUGGCGAGCAUACUCGCGAAUGGUACUCUGGCUUUUUGCAGCUGGCCGAGAACGUGGCCACCGAUGCUGUUGGCAAAAUCUUUCCCAACACCAAGUAUGAGACGCUGGCCAAUAAUUUUCUGCAGCCGCAGCUUUUUGAUGACCUUAUCAAUUUGGUCUCCACCCGCUCCAAACUGAGCGUCUUCGGGCAUGGCGACUGCUGGACUCCCAAUUUCCUUACUAAGCACGACGAUGAGGAUAAGCCGGAGCAGAUGAUUAUGAUUGACUUUCAGCUAGCACGUUGCUGUUCGCUUGCUUUGGAUCUAUCAUUCUUUAUAUAUUCCUGCACCAGUCAGGAGCUGCGCGAGAAACACUAUGAUGAGCUGCUGCGUGCUUAUUUGAACAGUGCCCAAGACAUUAUUACUGAUUUGGGCGGUGAUGCUGAAGCUAUCAUCAAUUGGGACUUGUUGAAGGAAGAACUAAAGGAGUUUGGACGCUUUGGUGUGGGCAUGGGCAUUGAGUCUUUGCCCAUGUCGCUCAUUGACGACGAUGAAGUAGCCGAUUUGGAGCUUAUUGAAGAGGACAACGUGCUCACCGAUGUAUGGGAUAUUAAGCCAUUUAAAGAGCCCGCCAAGCAGCAGCGCAUAGCUGAUAUAUUCAAACAUGCCAUCGACCAAGGUUAUAUCAAGUAAAUCUGCAAUUAGUGCAAUUCUAACUAUACAUACAAGUACAUAAAAGCUGAAUUUAAGCGUACAAAGUUUCUCUUCUAAGAAUUUACCUAAAUGUCUACAAAUAUCCAAUCUCUUUACAUUGAAUAAUUCUGGACAAAUGACGAAAACAAAAGAAAAAUACAAGUAUUAUUAAGUACAUACAUAUUCAAUAAAUGUUGUCAGUGUUGUGUGUUCGUUUCAGAGCAAA